UCUUCAUAUACUCGCUUUGUCUAUGAUAUACUCGUUCUCCGCACUUACAAAAAUUCAUCCAAUUAUAUAUCCAACAUAUAAUUAGUUAAGAAAUGAAAUAGAAGAAAUUAGCACUAGCUGCUCAAACACAGAAACGUGAUUUAAAAAAAUGCAACUAACCUCUUUUAUGAGAUCAAUUCUCUUCAGAGCAACGUUUGUAAAAAGAGCACCAUCAAAAUCAAUAAUGACAACACCAAGAAAAAUGCAGGAAGUACUGGAGGACUUAAAAGGCAACCCUUAUUAUGAUAAGUAUGCGGCUAAGAUAUCCCAGUUACAAAAGGAAGAUCCAAACGAGUUUAAGAAUAGAGUGGAAAGUGUUGACAAGAAAAUCUCAAAGAAAAUUGAGCCUUCCAAAGAGCGCCAAUACUCUCAGCUGUUGAAACCUAAGGAAAGUAUUAACAAUCCAGCUCAAUUUAAACAUGAACCUUUGGAUAAAAUAAUGAAGAUUGAUUUAAUUAAAGAUAAAACUGCCGAUGAGGUAAAAUUGAUCUGGGAACAGUACCACCUACAAAAAGACUAUUGCAUAGCGGCCACGAUCCCUGCUAAAGAUUUUGUUAGAAUGAAUGAAAACAGUACGCAAUUCCCCACAUUUUUAUUUGCAAUACCAAGAAGUCAGGGUUACGAAUUCAUAAUGUGCCAAUUUGCUCAAAAUUCUGUACAUUUUACACCGCUUCUCUGUUAUCAAGUGCAUAAAGAGAAUGCUCCGGAGUGUCUUACCAUAACCCACUACGAUGAAUUUAAAGAUAGUAAAGAAAUCGUCUUGAUGAGAGGAGAAUAUGACAAAAACGUCAUCGAUGCAAGGGAGGCUCAGUGUCUAGCAAACCAAUUGCAGAUGUACUACGUGCAAGAUGAACCUGAAAAGAGGAAGUUAUUGGAAACUUUCACACGAAAACCAGACAAGUUUAAACACAUGGACCUCAUUAAACAAAUUGAGAAUAUAUCAUUGACAUGAAUAUUAACUGGAAACUAGUGUAGUGUAUUGUAAAUAAAUAAUAAAUAGUUCAAUAUUUUA